AUGGCUCCUCACGCAAAUGAGGCCAAUGGCGCCGUGAACGGGUUGGCUGGCAACAACGACAACGCUCCCCUUUUUACUGUUAAUUCUCCCAACGUAGUCUACUCGGAAAAUGCAAUUGAGACCAAAUAUGCUUACCAUACCACUGAGGUUACCCGCGCCCCCGGUGGCAAGCUUGUAGCUACGCCCAAGGCACACGGCUACAACUUCAAGGUCGACCGCAAGGUGGGCAAGGUAGGUAUGAUGCUGGUAGGCUGGGGUGGUAACAACGGCACUACUGUUACCGCCGGUAUCAUUGCCAACCGCCGUGGUCUUGUAUGGGACACUCGCGAGGGCAAACGCGAGGCCAAUUACUACGGCUCUGUCGUCAUGGGCUCUACCAUCAAACUGGGCACCGAUGAGAAGGGCCAAGAGAUUAACAUCCCGUUCCAUGACAUGCUUCCGAUGGUCCACCCCAAUGACCUAGUCAUUGGUGGCUGGGAUAUCAGCGCCCUGGGAUUGGCUGAUGCCAUGGAUCGUGCCUGUGUUUUGGAGCCUUCUCUCAAAGAACUUGUCCGCAAGGAAAUGGCCGAACUGAAGCCAUUGCCCAGCAUUUACUACCCGGAUUUUAUUGCUGCAAACCAAGAAGAUCGUGCGGACAAUGUUAUUCCCGGAUCCAAGGCUUCGUGGGAUCAUGUUGAACACCUUCGUAAAGAUAUCCGGGAUUUCAAGGCAAAGAACGAACUUGACAAAGUCAUUGUGCUGUGGACCGCCAACACCGAACGCUAUGCCGAUAUCAUCACUGGAGUCAACGAUACUGCUGACAACUUGAUUGACGCGAUCAAAUCUGGCCAUGAGGAGGUAUCACCUUCCACUGUCUUCGCUGUGGCCAGUGUUUUGGAAAACGCACCGUUCAUCAAUGGUUCACCGCAGAACACCUUUGUUCCAGGUGCCAUUCAAUUCGCCGAGAAACAUGGUGCUUUUAUUGGCGGCGAUGACUUCAAGUCUGGACAGACCAAGAUGAAAUCGGCUCUAGUUGAUUUCUUGAUCAACGCUGGUAUCAAGCUGACUUCAAUUGCAAGCUACAACCAUCUCGGCAACAAUGAUGGCAAAAACCUCAGCUCGCAGAAGCAGUUCCGUUCCAAGGAAAUUUCCAAGUCCAACGUCGUCGAUGACAUGGUGGCAGCGAACUCAGUCCUCUACAAGGAGGGCGAACACCCAGAUCAUACCGUUGUUAUCAAGUACAUGCCUGCUGUUGGCGACAACAAGCGUGCUCUUGACGAGUACUACGCCGAGAUCUUUUUGGGCGGUCACCAAACCAUCAGCAUCUUCAAUGUGUGCGAGGACUCUCUGUUGGCUUCUCCUCUAAUCAUUGAUCUUGUUGUUGUUGCCGAGAUGAUGACUCGUAUCAGUUGGAAAAAGGCCGAGGGCUCCGACGACUACAAGGGCUUUCACAGUGUUUUGAGCGUUCUCAGCUACAUGCUUAAGGCGCCCUUGACUCCUCCAGGUACACCUGUGGUCAACGCUCUUGCCAAGCAACGCGCUGCAUUGACCAAUAUUUUCCGUGCUUGUGUCGGCCUGCAGCCUGAAUCCGACAUGACCCUAGAGCACAAGCUCUUCUAA